AUGGUCUUCGGACGCCUGGGCCUCGUCUCCCUUCGCGUAAAAACCGUCGAGAGUGUGAAUCACAACACCAAGCGCCUGGUUUUUGCAUUCCGGGAUCCCCACGCGCACAGUGGGCUACAACUCACCUCUGCUCUGUUAACACUCAGCCGUCCGCAGGGCUCUUGGCUGCCGGUCAUUCGACCGUACACGCCGAUCAAUGAUCUCGACAAGCCCGGCCAGCUCGAACUCCUGGUGAAACGCUACCCGAAUGGCAAAGCCAGCAGCCACAUCCACUCCCUGCACCCAGGUGACUCACUCACAUUCCUCGCCCCGCUGCGAGGGUUCGAGUGGAAACCCAACCUGGUCCCCCACGUCUACAUGCUCGCCGGUGGAGCGGGCAUCACACCCAUGUACCAAUUGAUCCGGGGCAUCUUGAAGAACCCGGACGACCGAACCAAAAUCAGCCUAGUCUUUGGAGUAAACACGGAAGAGGACAUCUUGCUACAGUCCGAGCUGGAAGGUCUCGCAAAGCAGUUUCCCGGGCGGUUCUCGUAUCUCUUCACUGUGAGCCGGCAGGAGGGAAAGCAGUUCCCGGGGUCGAGCGAUGAAGGUCGCCUCAGGACUGGGUACAUCGACGAGCAACUUCUGCGGGGUGUCGUAGGGAGAGAUUCGCUUUCGGGGGCCAAGGUAUUUGUUUGUGGGCCGCCUGCCAUGGAGCAGGCAUUGGCUGGCUCUGGGUCUUGGGGGACAAAGUCGGGAAUCUUGCAGCAGCUUGGCUUCACAAAGGAGCAGAUCCACAGAUUCUAG